AUGCGCCUAAAGUCGUCGAAAUUGCACCAAACGGAUACUUGGAAAAGAAUGUUACUUCUCAACUUUGAGUCUUGUUCCUCUGAGCCUUUUGCUGGAAACAUAGAUCAUAGUGGAGACGGAAACAUGGUUCAUCAAAUAGAUGCACUCUCAAUGAUCGAGAUAUAUCCAGAAAGAUCCUCAGAGAAGAAUGCACAAGCUGAAGCAGAAACCACGGAGUUGGAAGAUUGGAUUGGAGAGCUUAUGGGCAGAUACACAUCCAAAGAGUUCGAAGCUAUUCUCAACGAAGAUGUUCAACAGAUACCAGAAGAAGAUGAUCAACAACGACCAUCAAUCUCUGCUCUUUCUCAAUCUAGUGCUCCUCCACCUCGUCUUGGCGACAAAUCACUACCAAUAGAAUUGGAUGACGACGAAGAUGAAGAGCUGAUCCAAGACCCUGCUAAACUUUUCUUUAGUCAACCAGAAGAUCUCCCAUUACAUGGAGUCACAGAUGAAGCUUGA